GGCAUUCGCCCCAAACGAAAACAGUGAUCUCCAUGGCUGGCCAUAUAAGAUAUCUAAUAUUGUUCCUUGUGCUCUCAACCUCAGUUCUGGCUCAAACUCCUGAUGCUCCUCCAUGCUCACAGAUAGUCCAAGACGUGGUCCCAUGCCUGAGCUUCCUGAGAUAUGGCGGGGAACCAACUAAGGAGUGUUGUGCCGGCGUUACAGGGAUUGCCAACGAUGCAAAAAGCAAAAAAGAUCGCGUAAUUAUCUGCAAUUGCCUCAAGAGAGCUCUGGCUCAAAUUGGAUCCUACGACGCGUCUCGCAUACCCCAGCUUCCUGUUAAAUGUGGAAUUUCCAGCGGCAGCAUCCCUCCCAUUGAUCAAAACACUGACUGUUCCAAGGCUAGCACUUUGGUUCUUGUUUGAUCAUACCGGAGCUUAUGUUACAUCAUCAAGUCUUCAUGCUGCUUGCAAAUAGAAGAUCAAAUCAACUAAAGUCUCUAAAUAAAUACAUUGCUGAAUAAAUUUCUGUUCCAGAAUUGUAUUAGAUACAGAUAUUCUAUGUAAUGAAUCAAUCAUAUAGUCCCAUUCAUGGAAUGAACGUUACCCAUUAAAUGGAUUAAAACGCUGUGUAUUAACAGUGUUAGUGGUUUGGAAAAGACGGUGAUCAUGUUUCCUUAUAUCCUGUUUGGUUGCUAAGAAAAUCCAGAAAAAGAA